AUGGUAACUUGUAAUGACGAGGACACCAGUAACAGAGUCGAUUAUGACGAAGAAGGCCGCAAGUUGUUGGCUCGUGUUCAUUUGUUGGACAAUGAUGAUAAUGACGAUAAAGGAUCAUCUCAAGAUGACGAUGCAGCCAUGAGCGCUUUUCGAAGAGCCCAUGCCUAUUCCAAUCCAAUCUACAGGGAUCCCACAACGGGUGGUACCGUUCAUGUGGGAAAUCACAUGGCGGCAGAAUCAUUGGGCAAGUUGAAUGACAUGACACCUGCUCCCUGUCGUCGGAUUGUCUACUGCCUGGAUCGUCAGAAUGGCAAACCCUUUCAAGACAAUCCCGAAUUCACCUAUCACGAUUUCAAUAUUGGUUGGUGGCGACAAACAUUGGGCCAUGAUCGUUAUGAUCCCAUCAAGGUAUUGGAAUUCUUUCAACCAUUCUUUGACUUUUUGGAUGCGGAACUUAAAGAGGGCAGAGCCAUUUUGAUUCAUUGCUUGGCAGGUGCUCAUCGUGCAGGUACCGCUGGUAUUGCCAGUCUCAUGUACUUGACUGGAAUGAGUGCAGAGGAAGCCACCAAAGCGGCAAAAAGUUUGCGUCCGAUCAUUAAUCCCAUUAGCGACUUUCCGAAGCUAUUGCAAACCUUGGAAGCGGGCCUGAAAUUGAAACAAGAACAAGAACAGGCCCAGGGAGCAGGAGCAGGAUUAGCAUAG